AGGGCAGGGACUGAGCAGGAGCCGCGGCCGCCCCCGGAGCGCCGCCGCGGCCCAGCCCCAGCGGCCACCUCCGGGAGCCGGCCUCGGCCAAGUCCAGCCCGACAGCGGGAAGAGCAGCCGGGCCAGUCCCGAGCCAGAGGAGCCGCCCUCCAGCCAUGGCGACCAAGGCUCGGGUUAUGUAUAAUUUUGAUGCUGAACCUGGAAAUAAUGAAUUGACAGUUAUUGAAGGAGAGAUCAUCACAAUUACAAAUCCGGAUGUAGGUGGAGGAUGGCUAGAAGGAAAAAAUAGCAAAGGAGAACGGGGACUUGUUCCCACAGACUACGUUGAAAUUUUGACUAAUGGUGGGAAAGAUCAGUUUGCUUGUGGAAAUUCAGUAGCUGACCAAGCCUUCCUCGAUUCUCUAUCAAGUACAGUUCAAGUCAACUCCUCACUUGCCAACAGUAAUAACCAGGGGGAUAUUUUGGCUCAGAUUGGCUACAUCGAAAGCCUCAACCAGUCACCACCUUCAUCUUCUUCUCCUUCUCCUCCUUCUAUAAAUGAGGUCAGCAGUGCAAAUGACCCUUGGUCAAAUUGGAAUACUGGUAAAUCUGGAAACUGGGACAGCUCAGAUGGCUGGGGAACCAAAUCAGAAGGUUCCUCUGCUCAGAAAAACACUUCCAACAACUGGGAUGCUGCCUUUGGUCAUCCACAGGCCUACCAUGGACCAGCAGCUGCCGGGGAUGACGACGACUGGGAUGAAGACUGGGAUGACCCCAAGUCAUCACCUCCUACUUACUUCAAGGAUGUAGAGUCUACUGAAGCUGGAGGGACCCCUCGAGGCAAUGCUCGUGCUGGUGGGGCUUCUAUGAAGAUUCCACUUAACAAAUUUCCUGGAUUUGCAAAACCUGGAAUGGAACAGUACUUAUUGGCAAAGCAGCUAGCAAAACCCAAAGAGAAAAUUUCCAUCAUUGUUGGAGAUUAUGGCCCAAUGUGGGUUUACCCUACCUCUACGUUUGACUGUGUUGUCGCAGACCCCAGGAAAGGCUCCAAGAUGUACGGGCUGAAGAGUUACAUCGAAUAUCAGUUGACAGCCACAAACACUAAUCGGUCCGUCAACCACCGGUAUAAGCACUUUGACUGGCUCUACGAGCGCCUCCUGGUUAAGUUCGGCUCCGCCAUUCCCAUCCCUUCCCUCCCGGAUAAGCAGGUCACCGGUCGCUUUGAAGAAGAAUUUAUAAAGAUGCGCAUGGAAAGACUUCAGGCCUGGAUGACCAGAAUGUGUCGUCAUCCUGUCAUCUCAGAAAGUGAAGUUUUCCAGCAGUUCUUGAAUUUCCGGGAUGAAAAGGAAUGGAAAACGGGGAAGAGGAAGGCGGAGAAGGACGAGAUCGUGGGAGUCAUGAUAUUCUCCACCAUGGAGCCCGAAGCCCCGGACCUGGACCUGAUCGAAAUAGAACAGAAGUGCGAGGCUGUGGGGAAGUUCACCAAAGCCAUGGAUGACGGCGUCAAGGAGCUGCUGACCGUGGGACAAGAGCACUGGAAGCGCUGCACAGGACCAUUGCCCAAGGAAUACCAGAAGAUAGGAAAAGCUUUGCAGUGUUUAGCAACUGUAUUCAGUUCUAGCGGUUACCAAGGUGAAACAGACCUCAAUGAUGCAAUAACAGAAGCAGGAAAAACUUAUGAAGAAAUUGCUAAUCUUGUGGCAGAGCAGCCAAAGAAAGAUCUCCAUUUCUUGAUGGAAUGUAAUCAUGAGUACAAAGGAUUCCUUGGCUGCUUCCCUGACAUCAUCGGUGCUCACAAGGCGGCCAUAGAAAAGGUGAAGGAAAGCGACAAGCUGGUGGCCACCAGUAAGAUCACCCCCCAGGACAAGCAGAACAUGGCCAAGCGCGUCGGUGUCAUGUCUUACGCACUCCAAGCGGAGAUGAACCACUUUCACAGUAACCGGAUCUAUGACUACAACAGCGUCAUCCGCCUGUAUCUGGAGCAGCAGGUACAGUUUUAUGAAACGAUUGCAGAAAAGCUGAGGCAGGCCCUUAGCCGCUUUCCGGUGAUGUAGGACAAAACUAAAGGGACGUGAAGAAAACUCCGAAGUGCUUCUUUCUGACUUGGGGCAAUGCAAUUUAAAGUUUGUUUUCUGUUCUUUUUCUUCUUUCACCAUCCCCCCAAAAAAAAAAUCCAAAAAAUAACUGAGUUGCAAAAAAAAAAAAAAACCAAACAAAAAAAACACAAACCCACAAAAUUAAGAUGUUUACUUUAUUAACCAGCCUAAAUGCACCAUUUAUUCAAGGGUAUCCCUUUUUUUAGUUCAUUUUUCAUAUCCAUUAUUUAAAAAAACAAAUUUUUCUCUAUUUUUGGAAAGUACUUCAGAUUGCUGGGACUUGUUAAUGAAAAAAAUAAGAGUUUUUCCCACUGAUUUUUAUAUAGAUUCCUACUCUCUUAAGUCACAUAAAAUCUUCUAGUUCUUACCCAAUGUCAGAUAAAUACUAAUUUCUUUAAAAACAUGAAAUAUGCCAGAAUAAAAAGAUAUAUAUGUUUGUAUAUUUUUAUAACUCUACAGUCUUUGGGGGGAUUCCUGUCUACUAUUUAGCAAAAUCCACAUACAUUUCAUUUACACAUUUGAAACAUAAUAGCUUAUAUUUGGGGGUGGAGAGCAAGAGGGAGGUGAAAAGGGGGCCCCCUGGGUUUUUUAGGUCUCUGUUAUGUUCUAAAUUUGUCACUGUUUACCUCUUUGAAAAGACUCCAAACUCACAAAACAAACCAGAUACACCCAUAGGCUCCUUCCCUUGCUGCCAUUUCCUCGCCUAUCCACUAGCUCCAAAGUAAUUUCUAUGACACUUGCCCUGUGGCCUGUGAGGAUUUGUGUAUCUGUAUAUUGUUCCUUCUUUCAGAUUGGAGUCAAAGGGCAACAAACACCAAGAAUCACUGGGCAUUCCUGCUGGGGUGUCCCCUCCCCCCCAACCCACCCACUGAGGGGGCAGCCCAAGCCUUCUAGGCCCUUGGGGCACUUGGGGGUGGAGGGAGAGUGAACCAAGCCCUCCUGUCAGAUGUUCCACCCUCUCCUGGCUGAGACCAGAUGCUGGUGAUGAUGGCAUGUUGUGGCCUAGAGCCCUGUGGGGUAGGGCGGGAGAGAGGAAAGGGCUGCCCCCCCAGGUGAUGGAUACACAUGAAGCUGGGGGAACGGACAGCAGUUCUCUGUGCUUUGUUUCAGGAGGGGCUGCCGGGCCUCCUCCCAGUGGCUGUGUCCUCUGCAGGGCUUUCCUUCACACAGGAAUGUCCCAGUGCAGGCUGCCCAGUGUGGUCACUCAGCCAGACCGUGAUGGAACCCUGAGGCUAACACACCAGGAGUCCAGCUUGCUGCAGAGGGCCAGGGGCUACUUUCUGAGCUCUGGGGGCUGCCUUACUUUCAUUUUUCUGUACUAAUGAUUAAAGAAAAGAAAAAAUAGAGGCUAGCAUAAGAUGAAACCAAAAAAAAUAAUAACAAAAUGAGGAUAUGUGAGAACAUCUACACUUCAGCAUCAGGGGUUUUUGUUAAUCUUUUUAUAAAUAAUUUUCCUCCCAAGCUUUCCUUUUAUAAAAUUCCAGAGAGCCAUGUUUAUGAUACAGCCAUUUAAUAUAUGUACAAAUUGUAAAGGAUGUGUAUAAAUGUUUUACACCAAAUGUAAGAGCAUGUAGAAACAUCUUAUAAAAUAAAUUGUUAAAAGGUG